AUGGAGGCAGCUGGACUCAUGAAUCAGCUCCCUUGCUUGGUGAUCCGUGGCAUCUGUGACUACUGUGACUCCCAUAAGACUAAAGAAUGGCAGGGAUAUGCAGCGCUUGCCGCCGCUAUUUAUUCUCGGCUCCUUCUGACAGUUGUCCCGCCUCAAGACAACAUUAGCCAGAGAAAUCACACGUUAGCCCAACAGAAUGAAGCACUGAGGAAAAGACGGAUAGCUGCUCUGAAAAACCUUUACGUGUCACCCUAUCAAGACCAAAAGACCGGAACCCCGAUCGAAUAUAUGGAACUUGUGAAUGGUUUAUCUCACAUCCGAUCUUUCAAGACUGGAAAUCAAGUCACACAUCACGAAUGCUUUGGGUCUCUGCAAAUCCUGGAUGUGGCAAUUGGUUAUUUCUUUUUCAAAGAUGAUUUUGAGGACCAAAAGAGUAUCACAAAUGCGCUAUGCUGCAUACUUUACCAACUCUUCGACCAGAAGCGUAACCUGCUUACUGAAACCAUACUUGACCGACUUGAAAUGAAUGAAAGGGUUACCAGCUCAUUUAGUGAGCUCUGGAACAUUCUUAUCAAAGCUGCCAGUGAGGAAAAUGCCGGAGAAAUUGUUUUUCUUUUAGACGCCUUGGACGAAUGUGAACAACCUGGAUGUUCCCAAUUUAUGCAUGCUUUGCGCAAGUUCUAUACUGAUAAGAGCCAACAUAAUUUCAAUCUCAAAUUUCUGGUUACUAGUCGUCCUGAAAGUCACAUCCGACAGAGCUUUCGGCCUCUCAAAAUACCCGGACAACCUGUCAUACAUCUUAGUGGUGAAAGCGAUUUUGAGAUGAAUAAGAUCUCUCAAGAGAUUGAUAUUUUUAUUAAAGCAAAGGUCAAGGAUGUACAAGACCGACUACAGCUCACAGAAGAUGAGCAUAACAUCUUGCUUCGGAGGCUAACUUCUGUCCCCAACAGAACAUAUCUCUGGGUCUAUCUUACCUUGGACUUAUUCAAGGACAAGGAUGACAUUGACAGAAGAGGAAUAGUUGAGGCUACUUCCUACUUCCCACAGUCUGUUGAUGAGGCAUAUCAUCUCCUUGCGGCCCUUAAGCCUCAAGGAGAUGAAUCUCGUGCUGGCUCUAAAGAAGGAUCAGCGUUCUUAUACCGACCUCACUCUUGA